GCAAGGCGCAUUUUCGAUAGCCUUGUUCAAGCGCAUCUUAUUUUUUCCCCUUUAUAUCUACGCUGUGCAAACUUCGUCUGUAGAUAGGAGUCUAAUGACCUUGGCAAGAAUAUCAACUUCACUACUACUGCUAUAAUGCCUCAAACUAAAUUCUGUCACGACUAUUAUCUAAUCCUCGAAAUAUCGCAGAAGGCAGAUAUCGAGAGUAUCAGGUCGAACUACAAGCGUCUCGCGAGGCUCAAGCAUCCAGAUAAGAAUCUUAAUAACCCCAAUGCAACAGCAGAGUUUCAACUGAUCCAGGAAGCAUACUCGACUCUCAAAGACCCUGUUAGUCGCAAACAAUACGAUGAUCAGUACAAACCAACGAACCACUCCCACGGGGAGUCUUCCCAUACAGGGUCCCCGAAGAACACUACAGCGGGCAACGAUUAUGAGAAACGUUCUGCAGAACGGCACAAGAAACUUCAAGAGCUCAACGAGCAACUUCGGGUGCAAGAACGCAACUUGUUCGACUCAAAUCUUCACUUGACAACGCUGAAAAGAGAUGCGCAUAGGCUAGGAACAGAGAUCGAUAAUAUAGUUAGAAAGCAAGCGGCCAAAGGAACAGUAUGGGGAUAUGUCACCUCAUUUUUUGUCGGGAAGCCUCCGCAGGCAGACGAGCAAAAGAACGAACUGGACCGGGAACGACUCGACAAGAUGGCGGCGCUGAAAAUAAAAGAAAGCAUUAUUGAACGGCAACAUGCAACGAGUGAGAGAUAUGAAAAAUAUAUUCUGUCUAUCCGCGAGGAGAUUCAAUCAAUAGAAUUCGUGAUCAACAGGGAGAAGUUGGCAGAAGAACAGAGGAUAAAGACAGAACGGGCACGCGCUUUUUGGCAGAAAUUCGAGAGAGAAUUUGAAGAGAGCAGGAAGCAGCGAUCCAAACAAGCAGAGAACCAGAAGAAGUCAGAAAACGGAAGGACAGAGAGCAAAAGAGAAAGACAGAAGAAACAUGGAGCUGGUAAGAGAAAAGACUCAGCUCAAACAGGACAAAACCAACAGACUGGGACAGAAGCGAGCUGUCAUCAUAAAAUGUGGUGGGAUCGGAUCGACUGUCCAACUCUUUGCAGUCAUUGCUCGACAAUGACCUCCCGGUUUGCAUUUCAGUGUCGUGGUUGUGGCAAGAAAGCGUGUGCAUCGUGUAGGGACUCUCUCAAAAAGAAAGUAAGAUUUCAGGAGUCCAAGUCAUAUUACGAGUAUGACUAGGUAUCCUUAUUGGGAAUGAAGCAAAUACUUGCCGUUCUUUGAUUACAGUUCUUUUAUAAAUUCAGGC